AUGUCGGACUCUAGACUUGUGGAUAUGGAACCUGGCGGCGAGAGCACUCAAUAUGAAUCUAUCCGCCAAUUCACUAAGAGUCCCGUCAAGCAGACAGGACAAUUGGGAGGUCUGUCGCGCUCUUCGAGUUCGCGUUCCCCAUACCAAGAACUGACCUCAUUAGGCGGCGUCCGCCACACCACGACUGAAGCAAGCCCCAGUCUAGGAACACACGCCCCAGCAUCUACCAAUGACGAGUACUCCCAAGCGCAGAAGCUGGGUAUGGGAUAUCAAGACAAAGGACCAUCAGAGGAGCUCAUGCCUCGAUGGAUCCUAAAGAGACGCAAACAGCUGAUGAUAAUGUACAAAGAUAUGACACGUGACGAGGACGAUGCAGUGGCCAAAGCCCGCAGACAGCAGGGGUAUGGGCCUGGGUCUGGUGUCGGCGCUUAG